AUGGCUCUUCCAAAAAGAGUUAUUGUGUCGGUUAGUUUAGCAAUGACAUUGAGACCUCCCCAAGUCGUGCAGAUCAACAGAAACCCUCAGGACCAACUCCACUCGCCACCUAUCAUCGACAUCAUAGCUGCUGAAGACUGCUUCAUCGUCAAUUGUUAUGGAAACGAGAUCCCUUUCCCAGCUCUGUAUGGGGAGCGGAAAGCGUUCCUGGUUUUCGUCAGGCAUUUUCUGUGCUACACCUGCAAAGAAUAUGUGGCGGAUUUAGCAAAAAUUCCAUAGAAAUAUCUGAAGGAUGUUGAUGUCAGGCUAAUUGUUAUUGGACAAUCCACCCAUCAGCAUAUUGAGAGUUUCUGCGCAUUAACUGGGUAUACUUGUGAGAUAUACAUUGAUCCAAGCAGACAAAUUUAUAAAAAAUUUAAAAUGAAACAAGGGGAAACAUUCCCCCAAGCAGGAAGCAGUCCCCACAUCAAAUCAAACAUGUUGGUUGGAAUCCUUAAGAGUUUGUGGUAUACAAUGAAGAGCCCAGCAUUUGACUUUCACGGUGACCCAGAUCAGCAAGGAGGAGGUUUGAUCAUAGGGUCUGGAGGUGAACUUCACUUCAGGCAUCUUGAUUCAAAUAGAUUGGAUCAUGCACCCAUCAUUUUAUUGCUACAGCUGGCUGGAGUCAAAACAAUGAACUUCAUCAGUGAGGCACGAACAAUUGACAUUUGA